AAGGCCGCAAGUCACAAAUACAGAAAGGCUCUAAAUUUCGAGCUCUGAAAACUUUAAAAAUCCAUCCCACACCUACCGUUCAAAGUGUAGUGGUUGUCGGCGAGCUUUUUCUGAUGGGGAUUCGAGAAAGUCACACGUUCAGUGCCUGGAAAUGGCUAGGCUUCGUAUCUGCAGUAUGGGUGCAGACCAUUUCAGGCAAUAAUUACACUUUCUCAAACUACUCUGAUGCCAUCAAGACGCUUAUGAACCUUACCCAGCUUCAGCUUAACAAUUUGUCAGUGGCUAAAGAUGUUGGUAAGGCUUUUGGUCUCCUUGCCGGUCUUGCCUCUGAUCGUUUGCCCACUCCCGUCAUCCUCCUUAUUGGUGCCAUUGAAGGCUUGAUUGGGUAUGGUGCUCAAUGGCUUGUCGUCAGUCAGAAAAUCCAUCCACUUCCUUACUGGCAGAUGUGUAUAUUUAUGUGCUUGGGAGGCAACAGCACCACAUGGAUGAACACUGCCGUGUUAGUCACUUGCAUCCGCAACUUCCGGCGAAACCGUGGUCCGGUCUCCGGAAUCUUAAAAGGGUAUGUCGGUCUCAGCACCGCUAUCUUCACAGACUUAUGCUCUGCCCUCUUCUCCGAUGACCCAGCACGAUUCCUCGUCAUGCUUGCCGUCAUCCCUUUUGCUGUUUGCCUUGUCGCCAUCUUAUUCCUCCGUGAAAUCCCCCAAUCUACUUCCGUCGCUGCGGAGAAGGAAGAAGCCCGCUAUUUCGCAAUAUUCAACAUAGUCGCCGUCGUCGUCGCUGUUUAUCUUUUAACUUACGACCUCAUCGGUUCAACCAAUCAAGUGUUUUCGCUGGUUUUCGCGGUUAUACUUCUUAUUUUAUUAGCUAGUCCGUUGGCGGUGCCGAUAUAUGCUUUUGUAAAGAGUUGGCGCUUGGUCGGGUUCGAAGCUGACAUGGAGCGACAACAACCGUUGCUGAAAGAGGAAACUACGUCGCCGCCGGCGGAGACAAAGGAGAUCAUUACCGAAGUGGCAGCAGCAGCUUCGGCGGAUGACGCAACGGUGUUAGUGGAAAAGACAAAACCGGUGAUAGGAGAGGAGCACACGAUAAUGGAGGCGAUGCAGACAUGGGACUUUUGGGUAUUGUUCACAUCGUUCCUUUGUGGGGUGGGAACAGGUAUGGCGGUGAUAAACAACAUGGCACAGAUCGGGUUAGCCUUGGGUCACGCCGACGUUUCUAUAUUCAUUUCAUUGACCAGUAUUUGGGGCUUUUUUGGACGAAUCAUUUCCGGCUCUGUUUCCGAGUACUUUCUCAAGAAAGCAGGAACUCCUAGGCCACUUUGGAAUGCAGCAUCUCAGAUCUUGAUGGCGGUUGGGCUCCUUCUAAUGGCAUUGGCAUUGCCUGGUUGCCUUUACAUUGGUUCAAUUGUUGUUGGCAUUUGUUACGGAGUCCGUCUAGCAGUGACCGUCCCGGUUGCCUCGGAACUAUUCGGUCUCAAAUACUACGGUCUGCUCUACAACAUUUUAAUCCUCAAUCUUCCCAUAGGUUCUUUCCUGUUUUCUGGCCUGCUUGCUGGCUACCUAUAUGAUGCACAAGCUACUCCAACACCAGGAGGUGGGAAUACCUGUGUGGGAGCCCAUUGUUACGGUCUCGUGUUUAUCAUAAUGGCUAUGGCCUCCCUUAUUGGAUUUGGGUUGGAUGUUUUGCUGGCAAUUAGAACCAAGAACAUUUAUACCAAGAUAUUCAACAGUCGGAAACCGAAGAAGUCUUUGGCGGCAUCUAAUGGCCAAUGAUAGACAAUUCUGCAGAAAAGGUAAGGCUGGAAUUGUAGGAUUGAUGAGCUCUUUGCUCAGUGAUAUCCUGCAUACACCAUUAGCCAUUGGCUGGUUCAUCAUUUUAUAAGGUGAUCAGUGAUUCUAGAACACCACUAGUACUGUAUUAAUAGUAUGAUUGUAUGAUUUUUCUCUCGAAAGAAAACGUGUAAUAGUAAUAAAUUGUUAAAAUUUUGUUCAA